AUGGGUUGUGCUAUGUGGACAGAGCAGGAGGCCAGAGCGAGUCUUGGUGUUUUGCCUCCUGUGGACCCAGAGGCUACACUCAUGCAAGUUCCAGUGUUCGAUAGCAAACAGCGGACUGAGUACUUGGCUUUCAUGGAGGAAUAUUUAAGGCAGUAUAAAAACAAAAGCACGAAUUGCAACUUUGCGACCGGGGAAAGAGAUAACUGGAGUCCUGACGUACCUUGCGAAUUCCCACUUGAGCUUCUUGGACCCUGUGCGACGCCAGCAAAGUACAUGGAAGAAAACAACAAUAUUUGUAUCUACCUUAAAAUGAAUAAGAUCUACGGAUACCUUCCAGAUGUUCCCGACAAGAAAGUCCUCGUACAAUGUGGUCCUGCUACCUCGUUUGAUGGCGAAAACCUAAAUCCACCGAUAUUCUUUCCAUCAGUGGUGACAGAGAACGGAACAUUCGGCUACUUUUCAUCCGUCACCUUUCCAUACCUAAACCAACCAGGUUUUCAGGUGCCCCUGCUCGCAGUGACGUUUCCUGAUGUCCGAAAGAACACCGUCGUUAUGGUUAGCUGCACUUUAACCAACGUUGGAACCGGUGAACCACUGCGGUUCGACCUAAGUAUCGACGAUGUCAAAUCAAUUGCUUUUCAGUAA